CGCCAGAAAUAUUUGUGAAUAGUCUAACGGGCUCUGUUAUAUGCACUAGCAAGGAAAGCCAAGUACGGUGUGAAAAUGACUCCCCCAUCUCAGGCUCGCUGCGCAGGCUAACAGCGUUGGCGGACAAAGUAGAGUGAAAAAAAACCUAAAAUGCAAAAUCCCUCCAUGCUCGCUCGGCGGAACCGGUCUUCCCGUUCCCGUCCGUCACUCGCUGCCCUCUCUGGCAGUGGUUACGAGCCCUCGGUCUCGAAGGAGGCUUUGGGGUGCACUACCCUUCCUACCUCAAUCUCCCGAAAUUCCAGCGUUUUGAAGGAGCUCCGAGACGAUCCCUUUGAUCUGGGGAUUGCAUCUCAGCUGCUUGUAGGCGAUUCGCCUCUCAAGGGCCUCGGGGCUUCAGUCCGGACACACCAUCGAUCGGUGAGGGCCACCGGCCCGUUCCCCUUGAAUGUUGAUGGAGAGCAAUCAAUUGGGAGAAGUACUGUCAACACCUCGUAUUACCCCUCGACAAAUACAAUGUCAGGAAGUCAGACCGUUAGCUCAGUGUGGAGUGGAAUGAGCCAGCGUUUGUUUGCAGAGUCUGUCGGUGGAACAAUCACGGAGCGGAACACCGAUAUCUUCACGAAACAGUUUGAUAAACUUGCCAGGAAGCAUGGAAUCCAACCCUUUCCAGAACGCCAUGCGGAGGAGGCCAGGACCAUAACGGUUUCCGGUGUCUCGCAGGAUAAACCCCCCGAGGAGGCUAACACUCCCCCGCUGACCGGAAAUAAGUUGUGGAAUAAACUGAUGCGUCGGGCAUCUGCCAGUGUCGAUGUUUCUAAGCACCACAGCACCAUGAAACUGUCUCUAAGCCGCAGGAGAGGGAGUAGCAUCAGUGAGCUCGCAGCAAUAGGGCGAGGGAAGAGGGACACUUUGAAAGGAACGCAUUUGGAGGAUUUCGUUCGACUGGGCGGAGUCACACCAUUUGUUCUACCGCCAGAAUUAACCCCUGGGGAUAUCUUAAUACCGACCUGCAUGCACGCCGCUGCUGCUUUCAUUUUGAACCACGGUAGGCUCUUCUCACUAGUGAAGCUGUCAACUUGGCUAACGCGCAAACAUCACAGGGCUUAAGACACCUGGUUUGUUCAGAGUGCCCGGAAACCCUACCACAACAUAUGCGUUGUACGACUACUACCAAAAACAAUUCGAGGAGAAUAAUAAUGAACCGGUUGUUCAAACCAUAUCGUUGGCCAAGCUACCAAGCCAUAUUCGAUAUAAUGUCCAUGAUGUCACCCAUCUUCUCAAGAAGCUACUCUGUUGUCUCCCUGGCGGGCUUCUUGGCUCUCCCGCCAUUUUCCAAGCGCUGUAUAAUAUCCAGUCCUUUGCUUUUCCUGGCCCCUCACUUGGAGACCACAUUUCAGACAAGGUCAAGCCUCGAAUGAUUGCAUUGGCCUUGGCGUCCAUCAACCUUCAUUUCCGGAUUUCACUGAUCUGUGCAGUUUUUGGGCUGCUGCGUGCUGUGAGCCUCGCUUCCGACUUCGAUAUGGAACCCAGGCUCAGGGAUCCACAUGAGAAAUUCACGGCCAUGAAGGAGGAUGCCUUGAGCAUAAUAUUUGGGCCUCUUCUAUUAGGCGAUAAGUCGGACCGGAUCCUCGUAUCAGAGGGCGAGGAUCGAACCGGAUUGCUUGUUCCUCCAAAGCUUGUGCCAACAGCAAACGCGACUCCAAAGCUCAGCAAAUAUACCAACAGGCACAGCAGCGCUUACACGAAGAUGCAGAUGGAAAGGACAAAGCGCGCCGCUUUGGUCUGUGAGAUGUUAAUCAAUAGUUGGGAAGAUAUCUGUUGUCAAUUGAAAAAAAUAGAUGCUUUAGGUAUCACUGCCAAGUCGUAUGACCUUCCAGUGACUGGCCCAGAAGCUGUUACGGACACUGCACCGCAUGUUGAUGCAGGCGCUCGUUCCAAAAGCCAGGAGAGAAGCUCGAGCAUACCAUCUUUCCGUGGGUUCGGUACAUCGUCCCUGCGUAAGAAAGGAAAGGCGUCGAAGCGGGGUAGAAUACCCUUCGAGUUUGGACCAAUGCGCCAACAUAACUCCCAGACACCAACUCGGGUGCCACCUCAAGCACCGCCCGCCAGCAAAUCGCCUGCCGAUGAUGUACUAGGGCCCUCAGCACGCGGUUCUCCGGAGAAAGAUGAUAUUUUCAGCACUCCCAUUGCUCCCAAGAACAUGAGCCCUGUGCCUGAAGUAUCGCCCCAGUCGCUGGAAUCAUCGCCGAAUUGGAGAAUUAUCGCGCCUGAUACGCCAAUCAGGAACAAGAAAGGAACCCAUAGACAUAGCAUGCCCGCAACAAUUACGAGAUCAAGCUCUGCUACCGUACAGGUAGGGGGUAAUGAGGAGAUAGUCCCCCACCAGGCUUCCUGUGAGAGCUCAAGAGCUUCCUCUCCUGGACUUGAGAUUGCAGCGCAAGCUGCCACCAGAUUCCGAUUAGCAUUCUUGGGCGAACCAGUAGUCAGGGAGACCUCAUUGGAGUCCCCCGAGGAACUAAGGCCGGCGAAUACCACAAAAGAGGAACGGAAACCAUCAGAGCUGAGACCAAGAGCUCCUAAGUUGGGUGCUGAAAUUCCGGAGUUAUCUUUCACGCCUAAGACUGGCAAGUUGUUUGACCCUUCGGAGUUCAGUCUAGAUGACACAACUCCUAAGCCUUUGAAUAUCAAGAACAAGACGAAGCCUAAGGUAGUGCCAGCCUUUUCGAUCUUUGAAGACAAACCCUUGAUCGAACCUCCCCCUGCUAGCCCUACUCUGACUCUGACACGGCCAAACUCGAAGGUUGAUGUCAAACUUACCCCGAAGAUCCCGGCACAGAAUUCGCCAACCUGUGCCACCGUACCACGGUCACCAGCACUCCCUGAAUCCCCCGUCCGAACCCAAAAUGCUCCGUUGCAGCCCGCCACGCCCAAUCGACGACCUCGAGCGUCUACCGAAAGUGAUGUCGAGGACCGGAGCAUCUGGAGAGGCGGCGAUUCUUCCUUCCUAGGGAAGAAGGCACCACGGAGCAAUUCCACACUUUACGCCGAGAUCAGGCGGCUGCAAAAGCUUGUAGAAGUUAAGACCGAGGAAGUCAAUGCCGCUAGGAGAGAACUAAACAUUCUACACAGCAGGGCGGGCGCAGUUGCUCUGAACCAGAUGUUGCGUGAGGCCCAGGAGGAGACGAAAAUCUGGAAGAAUCGAGCAGAGUGGGCGGAGAAGCAGCUGAGAGAUAUGGCGCCUAGGGAACAGCAACAGAAGAGUGUCGAGACUAGCGUUAUUGGUCGAGGCAGAUAUAGCCUGGGAUAAUUGCAUAUUGCAUCCACUUAUGAAAAAACAUGUUUCCUUGCAGUAUUGGGUAGGCUGGGCUCUCUUUCUCUCGUUGCUUCGUCACUCGAUUCGCUCGCUGGUUGGUUGGUUGGUCGGUCGGUCUGUUUGGGUCCUCCGGGGGGGCGUUAUAUUAUAGAGGGGCUCGGAACUAGGGGACUGCUUUACUUUUUACUCUUUGCCGUUUGUGAUCGUGUGUCUGAUUGAAGGUUGCAGAGGCAGGGUCCUUUUUCAAAAAAAACCCCCCUCUGGCAUUGAAAAGUCGUGCGAUACGCUUAUACUUUUGUUCUUUUUUUCGUCUUUUCUAUUCCCGCUUUUUCUUUCCGAUUGUUUAUGUACCUCAUUUUCUUGCUCCAUGCCUCCUUUCCCUUCCUCUUCCGCCCCCCUCCUUUCAAAGCGACCAUUAUCACAAUUACUUUGCUUCCUUCCCACCUUCUUUCACCUGAUACCUGGGUUUAUUCUCAUUCUAAUUUUUUUUCCUCUUCUAUUUCCUUCUAGUUCUCUCCCACAGGCUCGUUUUGCAUUGGAUGGUGUUGCAUUCUGCUUCUUUCUGCUUCUCUUCCCCUUUAUACCUUCCUUCUCUUCCACCUUGUUUUUUUUUUUCCUUCGGAGACCAAGAGUUUCCUCUUUCGCUACUCGCCCACGUUUAUUUCAUCCUAUUGUAGGCGUCUCUCUCUUCCUUUUCAGACAUUCGCUUCGCUUUCCUUCUAUUCCUUCAUCUCCAUAGUUCGAGUGAUGCAGAUAUGAGUUUACGUCUCGUAUGUACCGUGUUGUGCUAUCACAGUGUACUGUACUACAUACCUACCGAUUGCGCUGUGCUGUGUCCGUGAUUGCUAUUGCGUAGUAUGGAGUUUUUGUGAGGGAGCAAAGGAGUGAUCGGUGAAGUGAAGCAGAUCUUUUGUCCCAGGGGAUUCACCUUGCUGCAGUAAAAAAUUUUUUUUUUUUACUGGCGGGGCGAUUCACGUAUUCAAUUCUUAAUUCGUUGUCUUUCGUUGUUCGAAUUAUCCUUACCCUUGUUAAUAUUUCAUCAUUGUUUAAUACUCUUUACCUACCGGUACAGUACAAAUACAACAUCCUACUCUUAUUUUU